AUAGGCCGUAACACCACUUGGUCCCAUCUUGGUUAGAGCGAGAGAAGGGAAAACGAAGGGAACCGUCCAUUACAGCUGCUCUAUCGGCACUGUUCAUGGUGAUGGACCCUCCUGGCGGGGGAGACGAGCGUCGGAGACAGGCCGAGCGUCUUCGGAGGGAGGAGGCCUACUAUCAUUUUAUUAAUGACCUAAGCGAAGAGGAGUAUCGGCUCAUGAGAGACAGCAACCUGUUGGGGACCCCCGGAGAAGUGACAGCCGAAGAGCUCCAGCAACGACUGGAUGGAGCCAAGGAGCGCGAGUCAUCCCAGCCCAUCACAGAGCAGCGCUUACCAGCCGCCGAGCCCGUGGAACAGCAGGGCAGUAGCGGAGAGGAUAGAAGCUCCGGUGGGAGACGAGCAGGGAACGCAGAGCCAGGGGCAGAAGCGUCCAACGGAGACUCAUUGCUUGAGUGGUUGAACACUUUCCGGCGCACCGGCAACGCCACCCGCAGCGGGCAGAGCGGCAACCAGACGUGGCGCGCCGUCAGCCGGACCAACCCAAACAGUGGCGAGUUCCGCUUCAGCCUGGAGAUCAACAUCAACCACGACCAGCCCGAGGCGGGGGAGCACGCCGACGCUUUGGACUCGGCCGAGCAGCCCGCCGCCUCUCCGGGUCCGACGUUGCCGCCGAGCCGCACCGCUUCUUCCGCCGCCGCUCGCCCGUCCAGCGCGGCCAGGCCGUCUCCUUACCCUACGCCUCGGCCCGCCCUCAGCAGGAGGAUGCAGACUCGCCGCACACGCAGCAGCAGCAGCAGCAGCACCCUCUCCAUGAGCCCCCCUGCAGUUUCUGCCCCUAUUGCGCCCCCUGCUCAAAGGAGAGGAGACACCAUGCACACUUUAGUACCGUCACCCACUGUUUCUCAUUCCGAUCAGUCUACAACUUCCCUGCAUACAGCCGCCAAUGCAGAACUGGAGCAAAGCCGCGACAAUGUGACUUUAUCACUAGACUGUCCACGUGUGUCGCCCCAGUCGGGGUCUCAGGCACCGGCGGUGGGACAGGAAUCACGUCGGACUCGAUCACGCGGGCGUUGGCGCCGAGUGGCGGCAGCGUGGAACGGCGGCGCCCCGGCCCGCACGUCCAGGCGAAGCCGUUCCCCUUUGCACAGAAGCCCCGUGAGCACGCCGGCGUCCAGCAGUGCCAUCAGCGGCUCGAGCAUCCACAUUGUCGAUGCGGGCACGAGCUCGGUUUCCAUGGAAACGGGGGAGGCGGUGCCAGGACCCGCAGCCACCGCAACGGAGCCGACCGCAGAGAGCGGGGAGAACGAAUCGCAUUCAUCCAGCGCGGGAGGUUCGUCUUCAGUUCGCCGCCACCCCACCAUCAUGCUGGACCUGCAGGUGAGACGGAUCCGACCCGGGGAAAACCGGGACCGCGACAGCAUCGCCAGCAGGACGCGCUCCCGGGCCCGCGUCGCCGAGAACACCGUCACGUUCGAGAGCGACAGCGGCGGGUUCCGGCGCACCAUAUCCCGUUCGGAACGGGCCGGGAUCCGCACCUACGUGAGCACCAUUCGGAUCCCGCUGCGGCGCAUCAGCGAGACGGGGCUGGGUGAGCCCAACUCCACGGCGCUGCGCUCCAUCCUGCGCCAGAUCAUGACUGGGUUCGGGGAGCUCAGCUCUCUCAUGGAGACAGAGGCCGAUUCCGAAAGCGUGGCCCCCGCCCACGUGGAUGUCGGCGUUACAAAUACGAGCACCGGCCCGGCGGCUCGCUCGCUUGCCAGUGAGAAUACAUCAGCUCAGGUGGGCUCAGGUGGACAGGAUCAAGAGAGCGUGGGGCCGGAAGGAAACGAGGAGGAACAGGUCGGUCAGGCCAGGCUCGGCGGCGGUCCGGCGAACGCCGCGGAGGGGCGUCCCACCAGCAGGGACACAAACAACCUGGUGGAAAACGGCACCCUGCCCAUCCUGCGGCUGGCUCAGUUCUUCCUCCUGAACGACGAGGACGACGACGAGCACCCGCGAGGCCUCACCAAAGAGCAGAUUGACAAUUUGGCCACGCGCUCGUAUGGCCAGGCCAGCCUGGAGGGAGAAGCGGGCCGUGCGUGCAGCGUCUGCAUCAACGAGUAUGCGCAGGGAAACAAGCUGCGACGCUUGCCCUGCGCGCACGAGUUCCACAUCCACUGCAUCGACCGCUGGCUCUCUGAGAACAACACCUGCCCCAUCUGCAGGCAGCCCAUACUCGCAGCGCACCACGACUGAGGGUCUUUGGCUUCUUCUGCUCCCGAGCAGCCGCAUGUACAUAAGUGUGUUCAUUUCUGUGAGGGACUUGAUAGAUAAGAAGGUGGAACCGGAAGUUCAGGAGAAGAGGUGAAUAAAGGCUUAAAUCCAGAGAAUUAAUAAUGUUUAUUUUUUUAGGCUUUUUGAUUUCAGUUUCCUCUUCUAUAUCAUGUCAGAACUUCAUCUGCGAGUGAACUUGUGUUAGCUGCUCCUCGUAGUCUGACACUGUUAAGAUGUCUCCCCAUGUCAGAAAUCAUAUUUUAAUUUGUCCACUCUCGACUGUAAAUAAGCGGCACAGUGGACGACUGGUUAGAGCGUCUGCCUCACACUUCUGAGGACCAAGGUUCAAUCCCCGGCCCCGCCUGUGUGGAGUUUGCAUGGUCUCCACAUGCCUGCGUGGGUUUUUUCCGGGCACUCCGGUUUCCUCCCACAUCCCAAAAACAUGCAUGGUAGGUUAAUUGACAACUCUAAAUUGCCCCUAGGUGUGAAUGUGAGUGCAAAUGGUUGUUAUGUUUGUAUGUGCCCUGCGAUUGGCUGGCGACCAGUUCAGGGUGUACCCCCCCUCUUGCCCGAUGAUAGCUGGGAUAGGCUCCAGCACGCCCGCCACCCUUGUGAGGAGAAGCGGCUCAGAAAAUGGAUGGAUAGACUGUAUAUAUAAUACUCUACCACAGUUUAAGAUGAAAGUGCAAAAUGUCUGUUCCACCCCCACUAUUUUAAAUUGUCCCUUUAUAGUCGCUUUAACAAAAUUAUGGUGCUGUCAUGACUAACGAGUGCACCAACUAGCGAGUCUUUGUUUGUUUUUUGCCCAGCAUUUGAUACGAAUUAAAUGACUCACAAACUCAGUCACGGAAUGAAUUAAAGUUGUAAGGCAAGGCAGCACUGUAUUGAGUUUCUGUAUUUAAUUUGUAAUAAAUUCUGUAUUAAUAAUCUAGGUUCAGUAUUUAUGAUUUGUCAAGUUCUCUCCACACAACAGAGCAGAUGUCACCCAAAUAACAAAAAAAGCCGGUCUCCAACAGUUGCACAUGCAAAAGGCAGGAAUUCAGGGUUGUCAUUUAGCUGUGCAAUACUUAGAUUAAAACAAACAAAGAAAUAUGAUCAUAAAGUCAUGCUUGUCAGAAUGUGUGCAAUUGAAGGAAUUCUCCUGAUUGUUCUCCGAAGGUGCAGCACAGAGCUGGCAGAGGCUCGCCAUGUCACUUGUCAAUAUUUAUUCUGUUUCUAUUUAGUAAGAUGGGGAGAAAUUCACUUUUUGAAACCACGAAUGUGUGUAUCAUGUUGCCAUGUGAUGACAGUAAAUAAACACUCAGUGGUAUGAUUUUUGUUUCUAUGUGCACCUCUAACCCUUAUGUGGGAGGUCCUCGACAACACAAUAAAACGCAGCUUUGUUAUGCCCAGUGA